AUAAAAUUAACGCAGUUUGUUUUCGAUCAGAUCGGUGAACAAAUAAUGAAUAACAAUCCCAUAAAGGUUGAUGCAAUUGAGGAAGAUUUAGAAAUGAAUAAAACGAGUAUGAACGAAACAAAAAAUGAAGAUAUAGGGGAAGAUAGCGAUGGAGACGAAGAACUGGAUGAUGAUGAAUUCGAAGUAGAACACAUCUUAAAUGUUGCUGCUAUGGAUGGAGAAGUAAAAUAUCAGGUACGGUGGAAAGGUUAUGGAUCAGACGAGGACUCUUGGGAACCGGAGCAGAAUCUGGAAACAGCACGAUUAAUUCUUAACGAAUACAUUGCAAAUCAUCAAGACGAAGUGAAGAAGGCUCAAGAAGCAGUGCUAUCUCGGAGCAAGCUAAGAAAACGACGUGGAAAUCGAACAAAACGAAAUAAAGGAAAUAAAUUACGACGAAGUUGUAGUUCAGAAUAUUCAGAGACUACUAAAACGAUGAAACUUCGAGCUAGAAAAAAGGUAAAGAUGGAAUAUGAAGAUGACGGUAAGACCGAUAGUGACGAGGAUGAAGGAGUUUUCAAGAAGCGAGGGAGGCGAUGUCGAGCAGUAUAUAAUAAGAUGGAAAGGACUAAAAUUGUAGACUUAUCAAAAAAUAUAGAAGAUGAAUCACUUCCAAAGGAUUUAUCACCAAAGAAGGCAAAAAAUGCUUGGCUUUAUGAUGACGCUGAGGAUGCAGAUUCCGACAUUUCAGAAGGCAGCGGAAGAACAAAAAAAAGUGACAUUUUUCUACGUAAGACAAAAGACAAUAAUCAGAUGAGAGAAAAUAAUAUCACAGAAGGAAGUAAUGUAUCGCUGGUGACGCCUGAAGAACAGUGCGAAAACAACUUGGACGAAAAAGUCAAUUUGUUGAAUGAGAGAAGAAAGCAGAAAGGAAAAGGAAGAGUUCCUGCAAAGGCCAGCGCAAUGGAAGAAAAUUACGAAUCAAAAGUGGAAUUCAUUGGUGUCGUUCAAUGUCAUGAUGGUGAAAUUAAAGUAAUCUAUACAAAAAAUGGUGAGACGAGGGCACAUGUUGUAUCUGUGAGGGAGGCUUUCGAAAUAGAUGGCUUUGGCUUGGUGCAAUAUUUUGUUAGCCGAUGUGAAUUUGGUAAGCCACAAAGUAUUGACGUAUAA